CCCAGCUGGCGCGUCUGCGGCCGCGGAGGCGGAGCUGCGGCGGCGGGUCUGGGCGAAGGAAGCCGCCUGUUUACCAGAGAGACGCGGCGGCUGCAGGAGACGGAGGGCGCCGCGGCUGGAGCGAAGACCCCGGCCCUCCUCGCGCUGCAGGCAGGGCCCCCCCGCCCGCGCCCCGCGAUGGAGGCUGGGCUGCUGCACGGCGGGUGCCUGCUGCUGCUGCUGGGCUCCGUGUCCGCGGCGGAGGACGCCGCCUCCACCGCGCCUCCAGCGCUGACGGUCCGGACUGCGGCUGUGGGAGGCACGGAGCAGGUGUUUGAGCCGGCCCAGAGCCUGCCCUCCCGGAGCGAGUCCGCCGCGGUCCAGCCGGUCGUCGGGAUCAGCCAGCGAGUCAAGGCGCGAUCCAGUGACAAGAAGGACCUGGGCACGCUGGGCUACGUGCUGGGGGUCCUCAUGGUCGUCAUCAUCAUUGGCAUUGGAGCAGGGAUUGUCGUGGGCUAUGUCUACAAGAGGGGUAGAGAUCUGAAGGCCGAGCACGAGCAGAAGGUUUACGAGCGAGAAAUGCAGCGCAUCACAUUGCCACGCUCCGCUUUCACCAACCCGGCCUGCGAGCUCCUGGACGAGACCACGAUAGUGGUGCACACCAACCAGAGCCCUGAGGAGGAAACGCACGAGGGCGACGCGCCCUUGAUGGGCCAGGCGGGCACGCCGGGAGCCUGAGGAGGAGGAGGAGGCACCGCCGAGAGACACGGCCCGCGUGCGCCUCCCGAGGCAAAGGCCCCGCUCGCUCCUCCCUGCCCAAGGGGAGACUUCAUUUGUGUUUUGUUUUUCUGUUUGAGGAGGAAUCAGACACCUGGAGACAGGCAAGAUGCCGAAGAACCACCUCACCUGUGGCCAGCUGUUGGUGGGGGUGGGGUCCCGGUGGGAGGAUGUCCAUCCCCAGAGAAGCUGCACCAUUGGUCUCCUGCUGUGGACUUGCGCCGUUGAGGAUCUGUUGCCGCCUCAAGGGUGGGUGGUUUUCACCAUGCCUGGUGCCUGCAAGGCCUUUAAAUGGGGAGGGGGGCCGUGUGGUGGGCAUGAGCUUUUUAAAAAAGAGAGUCAGCAUUCGAACAGUUGAAUGUAGAUUUUAUUUUAUGCACAAGUUGACUGCUGUGGCUUGAGCAGCUCUCUCAUUCCCAAGGAAGGAGUUUCCUUUUCAGAAAUGGUCUGGGAAAAGCUCCCCAAGUGCUCCAGGGCUGGCUUUUCUGGCACAGGGCGUGGGAGACGAGCCCUCUGCAAAGAGGCGUCUUCCUCUGGGGGCUGUUUGCACAAUCUCGGCCCUUUGAGGCCAGGGAUGAAUUCUUACAUGCCGACAAAAAUUGUCGUCCUUGGCAUUCUGCAAUCUGCUCUGGAUCUCUGAAGGUGCCGGUCUAGGAUAGCGCCUAAGAGUGGAGGCAUAUUGAAGGGGGUGGGGGCUACUCCGCCCCGCCUUGCAGCCCAGAAACCGCGCCAGGGUUUAGCAGGAUGGGAGAAAUGCAGCCUGGAGGGAGCAGAGUCAUUUCUGACCUCCUUUUUGAGGCUUUCCACGGAGGUGCGUUCCCAGAAGACUCAAGGGCUGAGGCGAAGGGCAGGUUUAUCCUAACCCAAAAGCGUGGCCUUGGAAAGAGGAGGGGGCUGGGGCUGGGGCUGGGGCUGGGGCUGGGGCUGAGGCAGGCGGCUGCCCUGCAGGGUCAGUGCUGUUCACUGGUGGUGGGCUGGGCAGUUCUCGGGCCUUUCCGGGACCCCAGCCAGAAGGGGCUUUUUGUAGGGCUACAGAGACGCACACGCCUAGCCUGCCCACAAGGACGCAUUCCAGCCAUAAAACAGGCCAACAACUUUCGCAGGACUCCAGCUGCCAAGAGUGGAGAGUUCUUGCAAGGCAUGUUUAUGCAAGUUAGAGAAGAGAAUUUAAAAAAAAAACCAACACGUGUUUUAAAUGCCUUUGGAUACCAUUUCUUUGUAAGUGUUUUAAAUACCUCAUGACUAUGAAAUAAAACGAUUCAGGUUGUA